GCAGAUAGGCUACUUUGGUUUUCCUCCUGUGAUAUUUCGUUUCAACACCAAUAUAAUAACACAUAGCCGGACUAAAUUGUUAAAAGACCUUGGCCAAGAUUUGAUGAAUAGGCUAUGCACAAUGUCCAUCCAUCCAUCCAUCCAUCCAUUAUCUAUACCGCUUAUCCAGAAAGGGAGUCUGCAGUCGCACUUUAUCCCUUUUUAUCGGCUAGGAUAUAGAAAUAGUGGCUCCUACAUUUCCCAUAAUGCAAAUCAACAAGCUCUUCCUUUUUUCUUUACAAUUCUUUUGUUUUGUUCAUAGCCCUGACAAAUGUAUUGACACUGUAUCCACUUUGCACUGGAUAAUGUACACUCCUAGCUUUUCUUCUCACUCUUUUGUUACCCCAGUAACCCCUCUAUCCUUUCCCUCCUCACCUGUCUCUUUAGUAAGGUGUAAUUAGAGCCGAUAAGGUCGAGCUGAUAACAUUAGUUUCAUUACACAGCCACUGUCACUCUACAGUAUGUAGUACAGUACAUGACGCUCUUAAACAUAACUUAUCUUACCUGGUUGUUAUUUACCCAACAUGCAACAUGUUCUGGCCAGGAAAUGUUAAGAGACAGGGUGACCUUAGCUCAUGUUUUACUCAUUUAUGCAGGACAAUGAAUUGAAUUUAUGUUCCCAUGUUGUAGGGAGAUCUUUUUAAUACUAGGCUGUGCGAUUGGGUAUGACACAAAAAGCUGUAUUACAGAUUGGUAGGCAUAUUUUAUGAUGUAGCAAUUUAAGGUCACUUUUGGUAACUGCAUCUGAAGAAGUGUGCCUUAUAUUUUAACAUGUACCGGUGUAAUGGUCCUAUGUCUGAGGUUCUUGUUAUAAUGUAGACAGGGCUGCUGACACAUGACUGGCAUGGUUUAUCACAGCACAGGCAAGUGUUGGCCCUAAAUAUCACUGAACAGUUGUUUUCAAAAUAUUCUCAAGCAAUCAUUCAGGUCAUGAAUUAUCAUUUCAUUAGAUUCUGUGACCCAAAUGCCAGCACAAUUCAAAAUUUAGGAUUAGAAAAUGUUUGUCACAUUAACUGACAAGCCUUUUAAUCCUGUAAACAAUGACAAACUGAAUAUAAGUUGAUCAUGUUUUCAGAUCUUAAUAAAAUUUGGUCAUUAGUGAUGUUUAUAAAUGAACAGUUUAUUAGUGAAUGCAGGUACUCAGUGGCAGUAAUUGGUAACUGAUUAAGAAGAGCAGAAGGUGGUGGAAAAAUGGAUAUUUUAGAGUUACUAAAUUAGUCAUUAAGACUUUAAUGUUGUGUUAAUUAGUAAAUUAAAAUUUGAACAGAUAAAAGACUAAAAAUAUACUGUUUUGCAAGUCUAAUUUCUUCUCAGUUCCUUUCCUGUCCAGAUGCCUUUUUUUACAGUUUUUUAUAUUUCAUCUUACCCACUGCCUCCUUGUAGUUAGUGCAGAGAUAUGUUUGUUUACUUUAAACAGCAUCUGUCAGUCAUGCAGAACAGCCUUUCAUAGUUUUGCAUCCUAUGAUGUACAGCAGUUAUUGCAUAAAAAAUACACAAAAACAUGAAUUUAUGGGGCCUGGUUCAAAUGGUCUUGUUUACUGUUUCUUCUUAUGUGAACAUCAAAACAACUUUAUAAAAUCACAAUAAAUUCAGUUUUUUACUGAAAUACCAUCUGAGGUUCCUUUUUUUAACAUCUGGGUAUCACAGCCAGACAUGACAGGUGAAGUAUAAGUGUAUUAAUCAAGUGCGAUGGUAGUUUGCUGGGUAACCUGUAAACAGCAGGGGUGUGGUUUCAGACAGAAGCAUAGUGUUGUCAUUAGAGUAAACCUCUUUGGAGAUGCUGACACCAUUAACAUGCCUCUAUGUCUGAGGCUACCAGUGACAGCACUGUUAAUGAGCCAGGACUGGCAGCAGGUCUGACACCUGAUUAAUUCCAGUUGCAGGCAAUGGUCUCCCUGAUGUCGGCUCCCUUUAUUUGGCUUUAAAGUGCUGGCACAGCUGUCAUGCUGUGCAAUGUAAAGGGUGGUGAGAGUUCUUCUCUCUUCUUUUCUAUGGCUGCAUUUGACCAUCAACCCAUACUUGGCAGCAGUAAAGAUGAGAGUUUUUUUCCCCUGGAUUGAAACUGCUGUUUCACUUAUUUCAACCUCCAGAAUUAUUUAGUGGCUGAUAGUAGACUGUUGUGCACUGAAAGAUUUGGUGUAAACUGUUGCAGUGCAAUGUAGUGCAGGCUGGUAGCAAUGACAUUGGUCAAUUUUAACCUUCACUGCUCCUUACUAUAUCCAUUUAUCAGGAGAAAUUAAAAAAAACAUACUCAGGCAAGAUAAGUGAUACCAGAGAAAUACUAGCAACACUUAUGAUAUGGGUGCAUUUGUGUGUACAGUAUGGCUGGCUAGAGGUGACAUUGUUGCUACUUGAGGUACCAUUUUACGCAAGCUGUCGUAUAAAAGUGCGUGUUUAAACAUAAGUGUGUCCACAGGCAUUUGUACGCAUGUGCAUAUGAAAAGGGGAGUUUCUGGUAUAAAGGGCUGUUCCAGAAAAUUUGUCCCGUUUUUGACCAUUGUGUGUGUGUGUGUUUGUGUGUGUGAGUGAGAAACGGUGUAUGUUCGGCCGUGGACCCUAACUGACAGCCAAAAUUUCAGUGGCAAAGAAGGAUCGCGUGGUCUGGACCUCCAUUGAUUUAGGAGAGCAGUCCCCUAUCACACCAGCAACCAUGACUAAAAAGGAGGAUUACAACAUGUUCGAGGUUGAUGUGGACAUGGACAAGAAGAAGAAGAAAAAGAUGAAGAAGAAGGAGAAGCUGGAGGGCAUGAAGAAAGAAAUGGAUAUAGAUGACCAUGAAAUUACAAUUGAAGACCUGGAAAUGAGAUACAACACCAGUAUCAACAAGGGUUUGACCUCUACCUUUGCCAGUCAGAUCUUGGAGAGGGAUGGCCCAAAUGAACUGAAGCCUCCUAAAGGGACUCCAGAAUAUGUGAAGUUUGCCAGGCAGCUGGCUGGAGGACUGCAGUGUCUGAUGUGGGUCGCAGCUGUCAUCUGUUUCAUCGCUUUUGGAAUUGAACUUGGGAAAGGGGAAAUCACGAGUUUUGACAAUCUGUACUUGGCCAUCACCCUAAUAGCUGUUGUUGUAGUAACUGGUUGCUUUGGUUAUUACCAAGAAUUCAAAAGUACCAACAUUAUUGCCAGCUUCAAGAAUUUGGUGCCACAACAAGCCACGGUGAUCCGUGAUGGCCAGAAAAACCAGAUCAACGCCAACCAGUUGGUGGUGGGGGAUCUGGUGGAGAUCAAAGGAGGAGACAGAGUCCCUGCCGACAUUCGCAUCAUCACUGCUCAGGCCUGCAAGGUUGACAACUCAUCCUUGACAGGGGAGUCUGAACCGCAAAGCAGGACUCCAGAAUGUACUCACGAGAGUCCACUGGAGACCAGAAACAUUGCUUUCUUCUCUACCACCUGUCUAGAAGGUGUAGCCACCGGGGUGAUCAUCAACACAGGUGACCGUACCAUCAUCGGCCGGAUUGCCAGUUUGGCAAGCGGUGUCGGCAACGAGAAGACACCCAUUGCCAUAGAAAUUGAACAUUUUGUGGACAUCAUUGCUGGUCUUGCCAUCUUUUUUGGGUUUACCUUCUUUGUGGUUGCCAUGUUCAUUGGCUAUGCUUUCCUGGAAGCCAUGAUCUUUUUCAUGGCUAUCGUGGUGGCUUAUGUGCCAGAGGGGCUACUUGCUACGGUUACCGUUUGCCUAUCUCUGACUGCUAAACGACUUGCCAGGAAGAAUUGUGUUGUGAAGAACCUGGAGGCUGUGGAGACAUUGGGCUCCACUUCAGUGAUCUGUUCUGAUAAGACGGGCACCCUGACACAGAACAGGAUGACUGUGGCUCACCUUUGGUUCGACAACCAUAUCCACGCUGCUGACACCACUGAAGAUCAGUCAGGCCAGAGUUUUGACCAGUCAUCAGAGACAUGGCGUUUCCUGGGGAGAGUGGCUUCCCUGUGCAACAGAGCCACAUUCAGACCUGAUCAGGAAGGAGUUCCUAUUCCAAAGAGGACUGUGGUGGGAGAUGCAUCUGAGACAGCUCUGCUGAAGUUCACUGAGCUCACCAUAGGGAACAUCGUGGAGUACCGCAAUCGCUUCAAGAAAGUGGUAGAAGUGCCCUUUAACUCCACCAACAAGUUUCAGCUGUCUGUCCAUGAGCUGGAGGAUCCACUGGACCUACGCUACCUGCUGGUGAUGAAGGGAGCUCCAGAACGCAUUUUAGAACGCUGCUCCACCAUUUUGAUAAAAGGCCAGGAGCUGCCUCUGGAUGAGCAGUGGAAAGAAGCUUUCCAGACAGCUUACAUGGACCUGGGAGGGCUGGGAGAGAGAGUACUGGGCUUCUGUCAUAUCUAUCUGAAUGAGAAAGAGUACCCUCGAGGCUAUCAAUUUGACGCUGAUGAGAUGAAUUUCACCACAUCAGGACUGUGCUUUGCUGGUCUCAUCUCAAUGAUUGACCCCCCAAGAGCCACUGUACCCGAUGCAGUGAUGAAAUGCCGUACUGCUGGCAUCAGGGUUGUCAUGGUGACUGGAGACCAUCCAAUUACAGCUAGAGCAAUAGCAGCGAAUGUUGGUAUCAUCUCUGAAGGUAGUGAAACAGUGGAAGAUAUUGCCCAGAGGAAGCGCAUACCUGUCGAGCAAGUCAACAAGAGGGAUGCCCGUGCUUGUGUGAUCAGUGGUGGUCAGCUGAAAGAGAUGAGCAGUGACGAGUUAGAUGAGGCACUACGGAGCCAUCCUGAGAUGGUGUUUGCAAGAACAUCCCCUCAGCAGAAACUGAUUAUUGUGGAGAGUUGUCAGCGUCUGGGUUCUAUUGUCGCUGUAACAGGUGAUGGUGUGAACGACUCCCCAGCUCUUAAGAAGGCUGACAUUGGUGUCGCCAUGGGGAUCGCUGGUUCAGAUGCUGCCAAGAAUGCUGCAGAUAUGAUCCUGUUGGACGACAACUUUGCUUCCAUUGUCACAGGAGUGGAGCAGGGUCGACUUAUCUUUGACAACCUGAAGAAGUCUAUUGCCUAUACGCUAACCAAAAACAUUCCUGAGCUGACUCCAUAUCUCAUCUACAUCACCGUCAGCGUUCCUCUUCCUCUGGGUUGCAUUACUAUUCUUUUUAUUGAACUGGCCACUGAUAUUUUUCCCUCUGUCUCUCUGGCUUAUGAGAAAGCAGAGAGCGACAUCAUGCACCUGAAGCCCAGGAACCCUCGACGUGAUCGUCUGGUAAACGAAGCUCUGGCUGUGUACUCAUACUUCCAGAUAGGAGCCAUCCAGUCUUUUGCAGGCUUUACAGAUUAUUUCUCCGCCAUGGCCCAGGAGGGCUGGUUUCCACUUUUGUGUGUUGGUCUGCGUUCUCAGUGGGAGAAUGUUCAUCUUCAAGACUUGCAGGACAGCUAUGGGCAGGAAUGGACCUACAGUCAGAGGUUGUAUCAGGAGUACACGUGCUACACUGUGUUUUUUGUCAGUAUAGAGAUCUGUCAGAUCGCUGAUGUGCUAAUCAGGAAAACCCGACGUAUCUCUGUGUUCCAGCAGGGCUUCUUCAGGAACCGUGUCCUUGUUUCCGCCAUAAUAUUCCAGCUCUGCCUGGGUAAUCUGCUUUGUUACUGCCCUGGAAUGCCCAAUAUCUUCAAUUUCAUGCCCAUCAGGGUCCAGUGGUGGUUUGUUCCUGUUCCAUAUGGUAUUUUAAUCUUUGUCUACGAUGAGAUCAGGAAGUUAGGAGUCAGAAGACAUCCAGGAAGUGAGCUGAGAUUCUAUAUCCUUCCUUCUGACCAUUUAAAAUCUAUCAAUCAUCAGUAGUAUCUCUGCUACACAUGCAGGCAGUAUUCAUUAAUCUGUGGCUUGUUAUCUCGCAGGUUGGUGGGAUCAGGAAUUAUACUACUGAGACCAAAGAAGCCUUUCCAUCUGUAUGAAAGAAUCACUCAAACUGAAUGCUCCAAACCCGGAGGACCUUAACCAAUUCUCCAGCAUUCAUCUGUAUUACUUUGUGAUCUAUGUAUUUAUUGUCUCUUUUAAUUCUAACAUUAUAUUAAUAUUCGUUUGCCUAAAUCUUUUUAACAAACUAAAGUGGUGAUCAUUUCUUAAAGUUAUCACUGAAUAAUCUGCAGAUGUUCCAACUCUGACUAUGGCUGCAUUGUAUUUGUACUAAUAAAGAAUCUUAAGACUGGUGAUGAACUCAAAUCAACAACAAAAAUAGCAAGUUUUUUUUUUGUAUUCUGUAAUUCUUGGUGUGUUUUUCUGAAUGUUGUAUCUUUACUUACAAAGUUGUUAAUUGAAUAUUAUGGAAUUCACAAAUGUAGACAUUGUUUCACUUGUGAUUCAUUCUGGAAAAAGGUUUAAUGGUUAAUGCUAAAUGUUCAGAAUUUCCUCACCAAUCUGAUAUCGAUGUGUCGUGUCUGUGAAAAAAAAAAAUGUAAAGAGCUGUUUCAUUCAAUUUGGAUUUUUUUUUCUGAAGAAUUGGUGCAUCAAUGAUGAAUUGAUAAGUUAAAUGCACAUUUGGAAUUAAACUGAAUGAGUCAAAUACAGCAGGGCAUUGCUGCAUUAAAAAAAAUUUAAAGGUAUAAUAUAUUUUUAAUUAUAGUGCCUGCAGCACUUCAGCAACACUAGAGAUGCACAGAGUCUCUGGCGAGGCAUCCAAACCCAGGGCUCUAUUGUGACAUCUCUCUGCUGAACAGCCUCAGUGUCUUCUUUGGCCACUUUGAAACACAGAACACACCAGCACAGAAGACCAACCCCUCCCCCAGGAGAGCAGGUUGUGUGUCUGUCCACAGUCAGCGUGAAGAAGACC